CCUUUGGCUGGGCCUAUUGAAUUGGGGGGUCCUUCCCUUGCAUGUUCAUGGUUGUGUGCAUCAGCCCAGGCCAGGGGCUGCUUGUCCAGCCCCCUGUGCCCGGGAGCCAUGAGCCGCCCGCAGAGCCGCCGGAGCAGCCUCCCAGCCGCAGCCCCCCGGCACUCUUAGGCUUCCCUGCUCCCCUGGAAGGUGCUCAUCGCUGGCCAGGAGAACCGGCUGCACCAGCACCCAGCCUCCUGCAUCCCUCCCAAGGUUCCUUGCCUCACCAGCAGGUCCUUGUAGGGUUUCAGCUCUGGGCUGUGUGUCUGGGGCUGAGCCAGGUGCCCCCUGCUCCGUGCUGGGUCCCAUGAGACGGGCAGGACCCCGCUGUCCCUCGCGCGCGG